GGUUGGACAAAUUGGUCAGCUUUUACAUUCAACGCUCGAGAAAUAAAUUUCCCUACCAAUUAACCUUUUCAUUUCUUUAUCGAACGCUUCCUGUAAAUUUAUUGAGUAUGUCGCGACGAGGAAAGGGAGGUGGAGGUUGUAAGUUCAGGAUCUCUCUCGGUCUCCCGGUAGGAGCAGUCAUCAACUGUGCGGACAACACCGGUGCGAAGAACUUGUACAUCAUCUCUGUGAAGCGAGUCACUGGAAGACUUAACAGGUUGCCAGCCGCUGGAUGCGGUGACAUGGUGAUGGCCACGGUGAAGAAAGGCAAGCCAGAACUGAGGAAGAAAGUCAUGCCGGCAGUUGUGAUCAGACAGAGGAAGCCCUACAGACGCAAGGACGGUGUGUUCAUCUACUUCGAGGACAACGCUGGAGUCAUUGUCAAUGUAAAGGGAGAGAUGAAAGGAUCUGCCAUCACUGGACCGGUUGCCAAGGAGUGCGCUGACCUGUGGCCUAAAAUCAGUUCUAAUGCUUCCUCUGUCGCAUAA